CAUCACUAUCAGCAAUUGAAAAAAAAGGUUUAUUAUUACGCGCAAGGAACAAACAUCUCGCCUUUUAAAGGGAACAUUAAUCAAAAGAAAGCAAACAUGCAGUUCUCCUGGAUGAAGGUGGCCAUAUAUCUUUUAACGUUCCUCACCUACGCCUAUUCCGGCUAUGGAUCCAGCACAAUAGUUCAUCUAAGGGAUGCUAUUAUUGCGGCGGAGGCAAUAUUUGGUGACGUGUUCAAGAACCUGAUAGUUCUGGUGCGCAAAUUUCGCACGGUUCAUGAGGUCUUCGAUGCGGCAGUGGACGAAAAUUGCGUUUACCAAUGCCCCGCUCCGGAUAGCGGAGGGCCAGCCCCUCGAGCGGUGCAGAACAAGUUCUAUACCCCCACCUCCGAUGGCUGUGGCUCCCUGGGUCUGCGGAUCAGUACGGAUUACCUGCCGGCCAAGGAGAUGGAGACCUGUUGCAAUGACCACGACAUCUGCUACGACACCUGCAAUAGCGAUAAGGAGUUGUGUGACCUCGAUUUCAAGAGGUGCCUCUACAAACACUGUGAUAGCUACGAGAAGUCCAUAGCCAGCGAUCUUAUGGUGAAGGGCUGCAAAGCGGCAGCCAAGAUGCUUUUUACCGGAACUUUGACCCUGGGAUGCCGGUCUUACUUGGAUUCCCAGCAACGAUCCUGCUACUGUGCUCCUGCGAGGAGCUCCUCCUACAAUGGCAACAAACAGGGCACCAGCAGGGAGAGACAACAGCGCCAGAAGUAUGGCUGGAAGGAUCGGAACGAGAUAUAGUACAGGAUCACUGCUUAUGAGGGUGUGGGACACGAGGGGUAUCUGAAUAAGUGCGCGUUGAAUGUUUUCGUUAACCUGUUUUGUCUUAGUUUAUGAAAGGGUGUUCAUAUUUUUCUCCCGAUUCGACGAAUUUCAUAAUUGUAUACCAAAUAGUGGCAUGUCCAGACUGUUGAAUAAACUGAUAUUUUUACCAUUUA